CGCAUUGGCAUGCUCUUGCUUUCUGGUUAGAAUUCAAUAACCUUUGACUAGAUUCUGUAAGUUAGUUGUUCUUGCUUAAAUUACCGAUGAUUGUUUUGGCAAAAUUGCGUUUAAAAGAAAAUAAGCGAAAUCUUAGUGAGUUUAUCUAUCUGAGGAUCUCAAUUUUGUGUGCUUAAGUACAGAAGGACAUUUCUUUAGCAGAUAAGUUGCUGAAUAUUAUUUAUAUCUAUUAAUUUUAGGUAUAUAUAUAUUAAGUAACUUUAUAAAGUUAAUCUGUUUUGUAUGUACGUUGAUCAGUAAAACUUAAUUCACAAAGCAAUGACAUUUUGAAACAGAAUAUGUAAUAUAUUAUAAGUAGCUCAUUUGUUUGUGGUGGGACAUUUACAUAAAUCACCUUUAAAGUAGUGCACAGUCUGAAAAAUAUAGUAGACUUGUAAGGAAAUGGGAUCUCUUGUUGUGUCAAAUUCAAGGACUUGCAUGAAGCAUCUAUGCACAUGGGUUGUCAACCCUCUGUAUUUCAGGCCUGGUUUACCACAAUAUAACAUUAUGCUUGCUGUCAGGUUUAUCAUAAAUCCACACACACAGUUUUACAGCACAAAAGGAGGCAAACAAGCCGAAUUACACAGCCGAGUUACCAAAGAAAAAGGAUUCACCUCUAGAACAAGGCCUGCGUUCCCAAAUUCAGUAUUCACUGCUGGAACAGCCAAAAAAACUGCUGAAUUUAUGAAAAAGCAAGCUGGGAUGGAUACAGAAGAGCCAUCAAAUAAUACACCUGCGAGAAGCAGAGGAUCUCUAAAAGUUGCCCUUCCUGAUCAUCCACUGACCACGUCAGAAUGGACAAAAUUCAAAGAGGAGUCCUCUAAACCUGAGCGCUUUGAGGUGCAAAUGAUGGAACGACUGCUGGCGGCUAAUGCAGAUGUCAACAUCGCCAAAUCUCUCUUGGCGUACGUGGUUCAAGACAAAGGCACCCUUUCUUACGAACUCCUUUUGAGGUACCUCACGCUGUGUGUCACAGCUGGGCACCACUCUGAGGUAUUUGACACUUACGACAUCGUGAGAACUUGUUUUAAGACCCUUGACACUGGAGCCUCGUCGUUGUUUAUUAAAGGUUUUAGUCAAACUGAACGCUGGAGGGAGGCACUUGCCGUGUUGGAGGGUAUGAAAAAGGGCCUCCUGCCAUCUCCUCGGAACUAUGGUGAUGCCAUCGCUGGGGCGGUACUUCAUGGUGACACUGAGACGAGCUGGAAGCUGUACGAUGAGCUGCUAGAACAGGGUCUCGUACCUAAUCAGGACACCUGGCAGUGCCUCUUUCAAAGUGGCAUCACUCAACGUGGACAGGAGGACAAGCUCUUUUCUGUCCUGUCAUAUAUGAGAGAUAAUCAGAUCUACCCAGAGGAGCCACUGAUUAAAACUAUCAAAGCUUGGUUUGAGAGUUUACCGGAUCAGAAAUGGAGUGGGAAGUUCUCAUUUGUGGCCCUCAGUGGAGAGUGCAAAAAUUGCAAGGCAUCUCUGGAAUCCAUUCAACUGACUGAGGAAGAGUAUGCUCAGCUCAAGGAUGAAGUGAUGAAAAAAGUGAUAGAGGGAAGUGACAUCUUCAACAAAACCACCCCAGAGGAGCUUAAAAGCUUUAAGAGUUUCGUGAAGCAGAGGCCUCCCUUUGAUAUUGUUAUCGACGGUCUUAAUGUGGCUAACACUACACCCAAGGCCACCCACUCUGAGACGUUGCUAGCAGUCGUAUCAGAGCUGGAACAGCAGGGUCUGAACAUCCUGGUCCUUGGCAGGAAGCACAUGCUACAACCUACCCGGAACUGGGACAGACAAAACAUGGACAAGAUCAAGCAGAAAGCCCACUGCUUCUUCACUGAGAACAUAUCUGAAGAUGACCCGUUUCUGCUAUAUGCUGCUUUGCACUCUGGCGUUCACUGUAAUUUUCUUAGUCGUGAUCUGAUGAGGGACCACAAAGCCUGCUUGCCAGACAGCGCAAUCAGACGCCUCUUCUUCAAGUGGCAACGUGGACAUCAGUUAGUAAUCAGUCAUUAUGUUCCAGGAAAAAGGGUUCGAUUUCAGAGGAUCUCAGCUUAUGACACUAUCGUUCAGACCUCCGGUAGCUCCUGGCACAUUCCUUAUGAUGAUAAUAGAAGAGAGAGAGCUACAUAUGAAGUUCCUCAGAAAUGGCUCUGCCUUACUCAAGAACAAUGAGGCUUGAGUUACUACUACUGUGCUGACUGAAAAAUCCAUUUAAUUAAAAUCAAUUAAAAAAUA